UCACCAAGCGAUUUCAGAGUGUUGAGAGCACAAUUCCUGUAUAGAAGGAAAGUUGGCCUCCUCUGGCCAGUGUACCAGGCGUAUAGUAAUUUCAAACGGGGAUAUAGGUAUAAGAACUCAGGAACGGGGAGUUGCUCGAGAUAGUCCGGCAUAACACACCACACCCAGUCUUACAUUGCUACGGAGACAUGGAGAUACCAAUCAGAUUUAUUCUACUGAUGUGUGUAGCUGAAGUGGUGAGGGGACAGUAUUCUGAAGCGGAUAUUGGGCCUCUACCGCAGAGGCCGACAGCUGGUGGAAAGCUGGCGGGUAGAUUUGCACCGAGACAGAGUAUUAAGAUCAACCCCUCAGCUGUCAGCAGUAGAAUUCGACGUCCGAUACCACUCAAGUCUCGACCAGUGACUCAGGAACCAGCUGACCUGUCCCCCUUCAAUCUGCGUAACACACGUCCAGUGUUCAUCCCCCCAAGUCCAUCCCCUCAACCCCAACAUGACCAGCCAGUAAAACCAGUGAGCGAGGAGCACGAUGACGAGCCCGAGGACACAGCCCAGGCGAUUUCAAGCCUGGGACCAGUACCACAGCCCCCAGCUCCCUACAUUCCCAGCUUCUUCUCAUCCCAAUCGAGUCCACGUCCCGAGCCCCAGAUAAUUCACUAUCGUCCCCCCGUAUCGCGACCUCCACCCCCUCCACUUCAACCCAUCCAAGAGCAAAAUAUAGCACCGGUACAGUAUCGACCCCAGAAACCCCUGAAAAUUCGUAAACCCAUAGAGGAUACCCAGGAGGUGAGAGUUCCUGUGAAACAGAAUCAACUGGCGUCAAAUAAAAAAACAACAAAAUCAGAAUAUCGUGGAAAAAAACCUGUGGCACAGGUGAUCCGCAGAUGGCGUGAGGACAACGAGGACGGCUCUAUAACCUGGGGCUUUGAAAACGACGAUGGCUCAUUCAAGGAGGAAAUCAUUGGUGUUGACUGCAUAACCAGGGGAAAAUACGGUUACAUCGAUCCUGAUGGCAUAAGACGCGAGUACACGUAUGAGACUGGAAUAAAGUGCGAUGGUGAUCAGGAGGACGAGGAGGAGCAGAACGGCUUUGUCGAUUACUCGGAGAAUAAACUAGUCCUACCCAGUGGCAAAACCAUCGAUCUGUCGAGUAUGGGGAAAAAACAGGCGCGCCGACCUGGCCCCAUCUACAGGAAUUAGAUCCUCCAGAGGAUGAUUAUUCUUUUAAUUGGUUAAUUAAGUAAUUAUUUUUAAUGAGAGCAGGUACAGCUUGUGAAGUCUUUUGUACAGAAUUAAAAUGUGUGGAUAAUC